UUAUCCAAAUUCGAAUCUCGGAGCAAACAUCUUCCGAAUCUCUCCUAAUAUCGAAAAGUUGGUCGCGAAAUUUGGAUAUAUAACUCACUUUACUAUGAAUUAUGUUUUUCUGGUGACACAGCUGAUUUUUAGAGAGCGCAUAAUUCCGCGCCUACUUUGGAAUUUCGAUCGUAUUAUUUUCAACAGAUCAUAUUUUUGCAAUUGGUGCAAAUUUUUAAAACACGAACGAUACGACAUCUAGCUAUUAGUUUACCAUAGAUUUGGAAAAGUAACUAUACAAAAUAAAUUGCCUUUCUCUCCGAUGUGAUUUAGUGUAAUUUUACCGAACAUACUUGUGUUUAUAUACGACUGAUGGUUUUUGUGGUCUGAGAAUUUGUUCGUGACCUCCUCUUCCUGAUAUCGACAAGACUGAACAAAAUCGUCAAGAUCAUGGAUUUAUUGGGUUCCAUUCUAAAAUCCAUGGAUAAACCACCAUCAGUGAACGACAAGCAGAAGGCGCUCAUGAAAAAACAGCAAGAGGAAUAUCAGAAACGUCAGAGGGCCGAGGCGGAAAAGUUAAAAGUCUUUCGACAAAAGAUUGAAGAAGAAAUUAAUAAGUUUCUACAGGAUGACAAUAUGAAAGAACACAAAUUUUCUGCCAUGGACCAGAUACACAGGAGCAUUGUUCAUGACGUAGCAGAAGUGGCAAGUGUUUUGGCAUAUUCCUUUGGCGAAGAAGGUGUCGACCGGUAUAUUAUGAUCUUUAAGAGGGAAUAUGCGCCUUCGGAGGAUCAAUUAAAUACAUUACGCAAAGGUGAAGAGUGGAAUGAGGAAGUCGCGAAAAAGUUAAAGAAAGAAAGAGAGAAUAAAGCCAAAGAGGAAGCAGAGUAUUCAAAAUCUAGAAAACGAAAGGAGAAUUUUGUGCCUAACAGCUUCUACAAAGAUAAAUAUCAACAUCUGAUUGGCAAGGAAGCUGCUCUCGAAGCUGCUAGAAAAACAGAAGCCAAUAGCAGUUAUGGAUGUGUUCCUAGUGAAAACAAAAAGGACCAAAGAAGUAUAGAACAAACUCUUGCUGACAUACGUGCUAAGAAAAGGAAAUUGGAAACGAAUAACAAAACUAGCAGUUGCAGCGACAACAGUACAAAAUAGUGCUAUUAUAUAAAUAAUCAUAGGUAUACAUAAAUUAUCUAUAUCCAAUUGAUUGUAAAUAAUACAACACAUUAGAUGUUACAGUGUUAUUACAGAUUAUUACAUUAUAUGCAUACCUAGAGAAAUCGCAUAUGGUAACCUAUUUUAUUAAAUUUCCGAAUUUACUUGUUCGUUCAAGCAUCUUACGAGUUCUAUAAUGGCAUUACAAUUAAUGUAUAUCUGCAUUAGAAGUGAAGCAACAAAUCACUUCUAUUUCAUCUCAUUAUGAUACAUGUAUCUACUACAUUUAAGAAACUCGAUUUCAUAUGUACAAUAUAAUACAUCAAUCCACACAUUACAUAC